CAUGAACAGACCUUCCAUUAGCUUGUCUUUCUGUAAAAGUCUCUUUCUACGGGUUUGCACCCUCUUCUAGAAGUGUAAGUAAGCUUCAUGGAUGAUAGUCUUGGAAACAUAAAGAUCAUCAAAGAUCAUUUCAAAGCAUCCGCACCUAGUAUUGACUCUCUUCAAGACAUAGCUUCUUCAUCUGUUUCACAACCAAGAACUGAUAAUUAUUUGAGGUCUCAUAGCCGUUUGUGGAGUAGGAGAAAGUUAAGAAGUGCAGCAUACAUGUUGAAGUUUAACUUUUUUAGUAUGCGGGGGCUGCCAUGGUUGUCUAGCACGGAUGGCGAAGAAAAGGUUGUGCUAACUGCUGUAGAACUAGAAUCACUUCGAUCGGAUCUUGCUGAUUUAGAAGAGAAGGAAGCUCACUUGAAAGCUCAAUUGGAACAUGUUGAUGAAAUUCUGCGAUCUGCUCGUCUCUCUGGCUAUUUGUACAUCCGAACUAGGUGGAAACCACUACCAGGAGAACCUCCCCCUCUUGAUGAUACUGACGUUGAUGACUGGCUUCCUCGCUUUGUUGUCUUGCAAGGGCCAUGCAUUUUCUUCUACUUGUUUUCCACAGAUCUGAGUCCUCAAGACUCCACCCUAUUAUCUGAUAUUGUUGAAAUAGGUCCCUUGCCAAGCGUUACACGAGAUGAUGAAGGAACACAAUAUGCAUUUUAUAUCUUAACUAGUCAAGGACUUCGAUUCGAGUGCUCAAGUGCUUCUAAGGUACAGGUGGACUCCUGGUUGUCAGCACUACAAACUGACUGCAAAUUGGGGGGUUCAGAUAUUUGCAGAUCCGCUUAUAGGGCUGCCAGGUCCUUCCUCUCUGCUGCUCCUAAGAGCUCUCGUUUCUACUCUGAAGGGCGAGCUGUAGCUUCUGCUGCAGCAGUAACCUUGAGUUCAAAGGUGCCUGUCUUUGCUUCAAAUUUUGGAAGAGCUGGUUCCGAAAAUGUGUCUAGAGGAUGGAUUUCAGGAGCUCUUGCCCUUCCUGCUGCAGCUUACAUGCUCGUCGACCAGGAGGUUCAUGCUGCAGAGUUGGAACGCACUUUCAUUGCUAUAAAGCCAGAUGGAGUUCAAAGAGGACUGAUUUCAGAAAUCAUAUCCCGAUUUGAGCGCAAGGGUUUUAAGCUUGUAGGCAUAAAAGUAGUUGUUCCUACAAAGGAUUUUGCACAGAAGCAUUAUCAUGAUCUGAAGGAAAGGCCAUUCUUUAAUGGUCUAUGUGACUUCCUUAGCUCAGGACCUGUUAUUGGAAUGGUCUGGGAAGGAGAAGGUGUGAUCAAGUAUGGUAGAAAACUCAUUGGAGCCACAGACCCACAAAAAUCAGAACCAGGAACUAUCAGAGGUGAUCUAGCUGUUGUUGUUGGAAGAAAUAUCAUCCACGGCAGCGAUGGGCCGGAGACUGCCAAGGAUGAAAUCAACUUGUGGUUUAAGCCAAAUGAGUUGGUUAGUUACACCAGCAAUGCAGAGAAGUGGGUGUAUGGAGAGAACUGAUUGAAGUUUUUGUUUACUGUGAUCUUCCGGCAAUGUAGGUCCCACGUGAAAGAGUGGGGAAAGUAGAGGUUAUUGUUAGAAUAAAAUUGUUUCCAUUGAGGUGAGUGAAAUUGUUUGCUGCUAUUUUGUACCCUAAUCAAUGAAUAUCUUCACCGAUUUCAAAUAAUCCUUUACCUCAGUUUUGCUUCAUGUAACUGCAGUCUGCAGAGAUGUGUUUUACUUGAUUUACUUCUUUACUUUUCCCCUAGUUUGAGGAUUGGCAUGAAAAUUCAUGUAUGGAAAUGUUAAAUUUUAAUA